CUUAAGCUUCAUAACAAACGCUCGCGCGGGAAGGAAGAGCAACAGCGAGCAACAGGCAGGCAGACUACGGCAGCCUCGUUAUCACUACUCCACGCCAUAUCGUGAGCCAGAGCACAGUGAAUUAUCAGCACGUUUGGCUGCGUACGGUGCGAAAGAAUUUGAACGCACAUACAUUGCCCUUCCCUCCGUGCGUGCGUGCACGUGUUGUGUCCACGUGUUGUGUCCACGGACAACCACGACGAGCCUGGGCGUGACGCCUGGGGAGAGAUUUUGCAGGGAGCGCAGCUGCGUUGUGGAGCGCGGGUUUGAGUCCCGGUCCGGGUCGCAGGGGCUUGUGCGCGGAACGAGUCCGAGUCUCGGCAAGGCGCGUGAGCUGCGGUAAGAGGAACCGGGAGGAGCCGGGAGGAGCCGCGGAGACCUCAUCCCGGAGGAGGAGGAAUGGGGAACGCGAUGGACAAGCACGUGGUUCGAGGCACCGACCUGCACUUCCACGCGGCCGUGCGCGGUGCCAACGUGCGCCUGGACGAGCGGGGCACGCGCGCCACGCGCCGCAAGGGCUUCUGCGGGGGGCUGGCGCUGAGCGCGCGGCCCGUGCGCCCGUGCGAGCGCGUCCACGUGCGCCUGGGCCCACGCGACUCCGAGUGGCAGGGGGCGCUGCGCGUGGGGUUCACGAGCCGGGACCCCGACACCAUGGCGCUGCCGCUGCCACCGUAUGCGCUGCCGGACCUGGUGGACCAGCGCGGCAGCUGGGCGGACCGCGUGCCCGAGGAGUUGGCCGUGCAGGGUGCCGAGAUCGCCUUCUGGGUGCAGGCGGACGGCAGCAUGUUCUGCAGCGCCUGGCUGCCCGGGAGCUCGCGCCGGCACGGCCGCGCGAGGGUCUGGCGCCUGAAGGGACGCGUGGAGGCGCGGCUGCCGCUCUGGGCCGUCGUGGACGUGUACGGCACCACGCGAGACGUGCAGCUCCUCGGCACGACCGUCCAGCCGCCCGUCUGCUCGGGGCGCAGCUCCGCACGCGUCACUCUCCCGAUCGCGCCCCAGGCGCUCCGGACACCACCGCCGCCACCGCCGUCACCGCCGCCGCCACCGCCGUCACCGCCGCCGCCACUGCGGCGGCGCGACGUCUCCGUGUGCGCCGCGUGCGCUCCGGCCGGCACGGAGUGCGUCGUGUGCAUGCACGGGCCGCGGCAGGCCGCCUUCGUCCCGUGCGGCCACUACUGCGUGUGCGAGACGUGCGCCACGCUGCUCUGCGAGUGCCCCCUGUGUCGCCGCCCGUGCGAAAACGUCAUCCGCAUCUACUGCUCCUAGCGAGCUCCGAGCGAACGUCAUCCACAUCGACUGCUCCUAGCGAGCUCUGAGCGAACGUCAUCCACAUUGACUGCUCCUAGCGAGCUCCGUUGGCACGGGAGGCCUCUGCGGGCGGAGGCACAGGCCAGAAGGGCCGUGCCGUGCGUGGCCCGGCACGGCCGCGGGCGACGCGACCCGUGAGCUGAGAUCAGACGCCGGGCGGUUCGCGUUCGCUCGCAGCAGGACCCGGGGUCCCGUGCUGCCCGUCGGCGCGAAAUACGAGUCGGGGGUUUGCGAGCCUUCCCGGCUUUUCGAUCGCCCCCAAACUCUGAAGCACGGACUGUCGCACGGCCGAUGGGGUGUGCGGUCGACUGCCGGCCGCCCUGCACCACGCCGUACGACAGAAGACGAAGUACUGCACACCAUACAGACACGAUUGGUGGAUGCUGUCGAAUGCACACGGAAUGCAGAAUUCUUCCCGAUAAAGGAACAACUUUACGCAAAUGUUGCACUUUCCCUGAUGCUGUGAUUUCCAUAACCUCAGAACUCUGAUGCUUGUCAACUACGGUGUAGCCAAUACUGUAGUGCAUUCGUGAUGAUUAUAGGAAUUGUCUACGCUAAUGACCAACUCACUCAGAAUGUACGGGUCUCAUCAGAUCUAAGAUGGGAAGUCGAGGGGAGCCUGGAGAGUGCAGAGAUGGACGCACACGCAACGUUCUCAUCACGCUUUAGGGGCUAAGUCGUGGGCAGCAGAUGGCAAGUGCGGCAUAAUCCAUUGUACUUUACUUCUAUGCUACCUAUCUUCACCAACCACGCUGACCAGUGUGGUGAAGUGGAGUCGAUCAACCCCCGCGACUCAUCCUGCAGUGGCUUGAGAAAAGGGCUGUACGUGCACAGACGUAACGGCAUCUCAAUGUGGCAACAUUUACUCUUCAUGAGAGAGAUGUUGGUCCAAACAUUAAUCACCACCGAGGCACACGCAGGCUGCAGGCCGUUUAACAACCAACACACGGUGACUCAGUGGCCCCUCCAACGGCGCCGCUACGGGGUGACCGUCUAGCACGACCGAGGGAUUGAGAGCCGCCGGACUGGUCAAGGUAUCUCUAUCGCGCAAGGCUAUGGUGCAUAUGCUGGACGUUGUCUGCAAGGUUCUCAGCAGAAGUUGUCAUCUAGCUUUACCCAAUGAGGCAAUGUGACAGUAAAUAUAAAUGUUUUGUACGUUUAGACCAUGAUUGCCGGCACACAUCACGUGAAGUUUUUUAACCGGGCAGUAUUUACCAGGGCGGUCAUUUGCCUUGGGCCGCGAGCCAGUGGCGAGCGCUGGCGGCGGCGGCGACGCAGGACGCGCGCGGGGACGCCCACGGCCACGCUUCCUCUAGCGCUCGGCCUCCGAAGCGUGACGUACCAUGUCUGCCGUGCCAUGUCUGCCAUGUCAUGUCGACCACGGGCGUUGGGAUGAAGCCCCCAGACAGUGGCCAGAGGCCGUCCCGCCGCUGCGGCCGCUCGUCGCAGCGGCGGGGGCCACGACGAGCGGAGUUCGUGUUUGGCAUCGUGGCCCUGAAGUCCCACGACAAGCGGAGCGACCGCCGAGCAAGUCGGUCUUGGGGUUCGUCGCGGGACGACCGCGAGCCGGUGGAAGGGUGAGGUCCUCGGUGUCCGAGGGUUGACCCGAGGCGUCGUGAUUUGAGGAGGACGGUCAGACCACGUGGAAGGCCACGGAGCGGGGAGACCGGCGAUGGCAAUCUUGAACUCCACUGAAAAGUUGUGUCCCUCAAACCAACAUUUAAUGAGUGUUUGACUCAACAUGUGACUGCUUUAGUCAACUGGACAAUGAUAAAAUUAUUCAACGAAAUCUAAAAUUCCACCUGGGGUUGUCGACGUCGAGACCGAGACUCUAGCUACAACAGGAAGUGCUGACUGUGUCCGUCUGUAUGUUGGGACUUACCGAAAGAACCAAAGAGUAUGUUGGGACUUCUUUCGCGCCGUACGUAGCCAACCGCUCUAAUCGGAGGUGCAGGCAGGUGCGACUCAAUGAACUCUGAAGGUCACGAUGGUUUUGUGUAUGCAUACUGUGUAGCAAAUGGGCGCAUGCACCCUCACCUGCAACACCCUCACCUGCAACACCCUCACCUGCAACACCCUCUACCACCCGGCCACAACAACAACAACAAUCCAUAUGGCCACCAGAGACCAUUCCCGAACUCAAGCGAGGCGUUGCGAAGUGGUGAAUGUUGUAGAGGCACCACGCAUCCCGAUAUUACAAAUAUACUAUGGCCAGGUAACUGUUGGGACACACACGCCGAUAUGUGUUCAAGGAGAAUCUAGUUAAUAUAAUGUACGAUAGUGUGCAUCGUUUAAAUGGUUUAUACCUGCCCGUUGUUAUACAGACCUCGCCUCUCAUGUUUACAUGUGUCUAUCAUGUGUCUAUCACGUGUACUCUGUUACCCAAGUUAAGUGAAUCGCAGUCUUGCUGUACUGACGACGAUGCCACACUCUUGUAACUACAGUAUAUAGUUUAUAUACAUAUUUCAUUAUCAAUGUUAAAGCACAACAUAAAAUGUCAUUAUUAUUUGCACUACAAAAUUAAACUGGUGUCUUCAAUGACGAUAUGUAAAGUC